AAAUUAUGGGCUGUGGAAGCUCAACAGGAGCUGACUCAAAAAUUUGUUUGAGAAAGACAAAAUUAUUUGCAGUUGAUGAAUUCUUUGGUGAGGUCCAAGGAUUAUGAGAAGAGCUCUAUACAAUUCAAGAUCUCAUUAAGUCUGCAGAAGACAAGCUUCUCUAUGAUACUGACUUCCAUCAUGCCGAUGGGGCUAAUGCCAAACAUGCUAUUGCCGGAAUAGUUUUCAGAGUUGCUUCUCUAGGAAACUUAGACAACUUCGAUAAGUUUGUGAAUAUUACUGAUAAGCAACCUUUCAUCAGUCUUGAAGCAAGCUCAGCUCCGUCUGAAACAAUUUCUUCUAUUAAUGCAGCAAAUGACUAUAUCAAUUCCGUAUUUUUAGCCAAGGACAGAAUAGAGCCUUUGGCUGACAAAGCCAAAACGUUUAUUGAGAAAGCUCCAGAAAUUCCAAGCAAAGCUAAGGAUGAAAUUGCCAAGGCAAAAGAUCUUGAUAUUUUGGAGAAGGUUAAAUCACUCAAGAAUACAAAAUGAAAUGUAAAAGAGAUUGCCAGGCUCCCUACAGUUCUUUUUAAUUUUAAAGAUUGUGUAAUGAAGGCUAUCACAAAUAUUCAAUCAUCAAUCAAAGAACUUAACUCUAAAAAGUCUAAACUUAAUUCUAUUAGCAUGAUAUGCAAAAAUAAACGUCUUACUACUCCAAUGACUUGCUAUCAGGAAUGUGGAGAUCCAAUUUCUAAGACCGAGAAGAAGCCAGCAUCUAAAAGCAAAAAGAAGCUAAUGAAAAAAACUAAGUACAUAUAA